AUGUUCCAGCUUGCCGUAACAAACCUGAAGCAGUCUCCAGAGUUUGCUGCUGUCUACAAGGAUGGCAGUGACAGCUUUUCCAAGGAGCUGUCAUGCAUUGUCCAGUCUCUGCAGUUUUCUCUGGGUUUCCUUUCUGAAUUAAACCUUGUGUCUGAGCUGCAGAACUCUUGGAUAGAGGAGAAGGCCAGAGCUCUGAGUGGCCUCACAGAGGGGCUGCUGCAGAGCAAUGCUUCCUGCUCCAUCCCAGUGCAAGAUGAGGCUGCUGUGCUCCCACCCCAGCUGUUGAAGAUGCUCAUUCCUUUUGUGCUGAAUGAAACAGCACUGAACUCACUGAAUUUCUCUGACAGCUUAGCAGGCUGGAAUAACCUGUCCAUGCUCUUCAGUGUGGCACGGGAUGAGCUCCACCUGAAUGACCUGUUGCAGAGAAUCCAAGGUGUCUUCAACCUCAUCACACAGACUUUUUACUCCAGCAUCUGGGAUGUGGUUGACAGUUUGCUAAACACCCAAAGGAACCUGACUGAAGUGGCUGCCUUUGCCAAGUUGUUGGAAGCAGUGACAAACAACUCUGUUGACAAUGUGUCAGCUCUAGAAAUCAUAGGAGCCAGUCACUACAUUCUCAGGAGGCUGAACUUAUCUGAUCUGCUCAAUGAGUUCAAUAUAAAUUCCAGUUUGGCUUUCCUCUCCAACAAAACUGGUUUUGACAGUGUGCUUGAUAUUGUUGCUCACCACUUCAUUGUCACUGCAGAAACCCUGUACAACAAGACCCUUCCUUGGACUCAGAGUGACCAGACUCUGUCACCAACCCUUUUGAUCACACGAUUUCUGUUUUUAGAAUUUGAAAACACCAUCUUACAGGUGACAGUGAAUAACAGCUAUAACCCUUACCUGAUGUGUUUAAUAAAUGCCACUGAAGCUGAAGACAGCACACUGACAGAAAAGAUCCUUCUGCUUUUGAAGCAAACUCAUCCAACAAAGAACCCUUCUAUGCAAAAUCUUACCUCUGAGAAACAUUCAUCCAUACCAGAGCUCCUGAAGCUAAAGAUCUCACACUUUCGGGAUCUGACAACACUUCUUUGUGACCAUGAGACCUUCAAGUCCAUGCAGCAUGUUUGCCAUCUCCCAAACAUUAGCUUUGGAGAACUGUGUGAACAAGGUCAAUCUCAGGAGCAGCUCCUCCAUGCUAUUGAACUGAGCAAUCAAGUUGUGACCAAUGUACUGAAUCACAGAAGAAUCUCCCAAGAGCUUCAAAACAUACUGAUUGGGAAUGCCACAAACAUCUGGGCACAAGUGAAGUGGUUUCAAGAACAAGUACCAGAAAUUGCUGUCUUUCAAGAGAUUCCUCAGUAUAUGGCUACUUUGAAUUCCAUGUUGAAUGUCACUGAGAAUUCAACAGAAUCUAGCAAGCAAGAAAAGCUAAGAGAUGUAUUUAAAAGUGUGGACCAGCUAAGAGAGGAUCUCAAAAACACAACAGUGAUGUCCACAGCCAGUAUUGAGGCUCUUCUGGAAGCACCUCUCCCAGAAAACAGCAGCCAGCUCAUCUCUCAGCUCCUUCAGCUCGAGUCCUGCAGUGACCCUCCUGCUGACCCACAGCUGCAAAGGGUAGCAGAGGAGUUCUGCAACCUCCCUCCCUCAGAGAGGGCCCGUGAGGGCUACAUCCUGGGGGUCACCCUGUUACAACACCUAGACAUCUACCAAUUCUUAUACAAGAUGUUUUUUCCUAAGGAACUUCAGAAACCCGUGGACAAGAUGUUAGACCUCCUGACAAAAAUGAAGUAUUUCAGACACCAGGUUGAAUCUGGUGUUGAUCCAUUGCUACAAGCUAUUCAUUCACUGAAGAAGCUCCGGCAGUCCAGGAAUGUGCCACUGACCAAGGCAUUGUCUAAGCCAAGCAACUUUAGGGUAACACAUGGCACAUUUAAAUCCAUGGCAAAAGUCCUCUGCAACCAGGAGAUCACACCUCUGUUUUUUGAGUCCCUGCUUCCAGGUUUUGGAGACCCUGUAAGCAACAGUUCUUCUGUGGAGGAUGCCUAUGUCCAAGAGAUGAUGAUGAAAUAUGGGAUUCCUCAUGAUUCCACACCAUUUUGCUUAUCCUUUUACCUGGACCUGGUCAAGACCCCAACUGGAGCUUUAAUUUGGUCUUUUUUGAAACCAAUGGUGCUUGGGAAGAUCCUUUAUACACCAGAUACUGUAGAAACUCGAGCAAUCAUGGGAAAGUCUAAUGCAACCCUGGAGCAGAUGGCUGAUCUAGCCCUGAAGUCCCAGGAGUGGUUGGACAAGUCUCCUGUCAUCAUGAAUUCACUGACUAAGUUAAACCAGACAGUUCCAAUGAUCAAGAACACCCUGCAGAAUCCCUUUGUGCAGGUUUUCAUCAAGCUGAUGGUGGAUUUGGAUGCAGCUGAACUGUUGAGUCAAAUAAAUAAACUGGAUGAUAUUCGGCUGGAAUUGCAGAACAACACUGACAUUGUUGACCAGCUUAAUACUUUAGCUACCCUGGCUGUCAACGUGUCCUCCUGCAUCUCGUUUAAUCGCAUCCGGGCAGUCAGGAGCUUGGAGGAAAUGGAAGCACUGGCCAAAGAGCUCUUCCUGAAGAACGAGCUUUUUGCAAGUAUCAUUUUCAAGCUGCCUUCAAGCCCUAGUGGACGUUCAGUUGGAGGGGACUUGGCGCUCCCUCCUGUGCUCAACUACACCAUUCGAAUGAGCAGCAGGAUCACCCAAACCACCAAUAGGAUAAGGGAGCGCAUCUGGACCGUGGGCCCACACAACUCCACCUCCCAGAGCCAGAUCUACAGCCGAGCCUUUAUUUAUAUCCAGGACAGCAUUGAAAGAGCCAUUAUUGAACUACAGACUGGCAAGAAACCAGAGGAAAUAGCUGUUCAAGUCCAGGCCAUGCCUUAUCCCUGCUACAGUAAGGACAUGUUCUUAACCAGUGUGACCUAUUCUCUUCCAUUUGCUCUGAUGGCUGCCUGGGUGCUGUUUAUAGCUGAUUUUGUUAAAAGACUUGUUCAAGAGAAAGAUCUGAGGCUCUAUGAGUACAUGAAAAUGAUGGGUGUUAAUGCCAGCAGCCAUUUAAUUGCCUGGUUCAUAGAGUGUGCCAUCUUCCUGCUCAUCACUGUCACCUUCCUCAUCCUUGUCCUAAAAGUGGGUGACAUCCUUCCCAAAACAAACACACUGCUCCUGUUCCUGUACCUUAUGGACUACAGCCUGUCCAUCAUAGCCAUGAGCUACUUCAUCAGUGUCUUCUUCAACAACACCAACAUAGCAGCCUUGGUGGGCAGUCUCGUGUACAUCCUCACCUUCUUCCCCUUCAUUGUGUUGCUUGUCAUUGAGAAUCAUUUGAGCUUCUCUGUGAAAAGCGUGCUGAGUCUGUUGUCUCCAACUGCAUUCAGUUAUGCAAGUCAGUACAUUGCUCGAUACGAGGCACAGGGCAUAGGUUUGCAGUGGGACAACAUGUAUAAGUCCCCAAUGAUUGGAGACAACACUUCCUUUGGCUGGAUGUGCUGGCUCAUUCUGAUAGACUCUUUCAUUUACUUCAUCCUGGGAUGGUAUAUAAGGAAUGUUUUCCCAGGUAGAUAUGGCAUGGCUGCUCCCUGGUACUUCCCAUUGCUUCCAUCUUACUGGGUUGAAUACAACAGUUACCUCCCUCUCUGGAAGGGGAAAUGCAGAGGCCUUCUCUUCACCAAGCUGAUGAUAAAGAAAGAUGCCACCCUCAACAACAAGAUAUGUGCCCCCCCUCCUCACCUGGAACCAGAGCCCACUGACCUCACCUUGGGAGUCUCCCUCUGCGGCAUAACAAAGGUUUAUGGAUCCAAAGCUGCAGUGGAAAACCUCAGCCUCAACUUCUAUGAAGGGAAUAUCACUUCCCUUCUGGGACACAAUGGAGCUGGGAAAACUACAACCAUAUCUAUUUUGACUGGGUUGUUCCCUACAUCAUCAGGUACUAUCUUUGUGUAUGGCAAAGACAUCAGGACUGACCAAGAAGUUAUCAGGAAGAGCAUGGGGGUGUGUAUGCAGCACAAUGUGCUCUUUAACUACCUGACUACAAAGGAACACCUGCUGCUCUAUGGGUACAUCAAAGUUCCUCACUGGAGUAACCAGGAGCUCUACCAAGAAGUGAAGAGGACUUUGAAGGAGACUGGACUGUACAGCCAUCGUCACAAGCUGGCUGGCUCCCUGUCUGGGGGGAUGAAGAGGAAGUUGUCUAUAGCUAUUGCCCUCCUGGGUGGGUCAAAGGUGGUGAUACUAGAUGAACCAACCACAGGGGUGGAUCCGUGCUCUAGAAGAAGUAUUUGGGAAAUUAUCUCCAAGAAUAAAAAAGGCAGAACCAUCAUUCUCUCAACACAUCACUUGGAUGAAGCAGAAGUUCUGAGCGAUCGAAUCGCCUUCCUAGAGCACGGAGGGCUCAAAUGUUGUGGUUCCCCAUUCUACCUCAAGGAAACCUUUGGUGAUGGGUACCACCUGACACUCACCAAAAAAAAGAUCAUGAUAGAAGAGUGUGACACCACAGCAGUGACCUCCUUGAUCCAGUCCCACCUUCCAGAGGCUUAUCUGAAGGAGGAUAUUGGUGGAGAGCUGGUGUAUGUGCUGCCCCCAUUCAAGUCCACAGUCUCAGGGGCCUACCAGGGGCUUCUCAGGGCCCUGGAUACCAGCCUGAGUGAUCUCCACCUUGGUUGCUACGGGAUUUCCAACACAACUGUGGAAGAGGUGUUUCUCAACCUGACAAAAGAGCUAGGGAAGGACCAGCAGGAAGAUGCUGAGCUGUUCCAACAGCUGCCUGGAGCCAGUGGUCAAACUGGCAGUGAUGGAAUGUCUGUGAGCACAGAUACCUUCACAGAAAGAGAUGACCAGCUCCUGAUCAGAUCGAAAAGCCUGCAGGGGUUGCCUUUGCUACUUAAGAAGACAUCAGCUUUGUUCAUCAAGAGGUUCCACCACACCCGGAGGGAUGUCAGAGGCUUCAUUGCUCAGGUCAUCCUCCCAGUCCUCUUUGUGAUGGCUGCAAUGGGACUUGGGACACUGAGAACUAAGGAGACUGAAUAUCCUGAGCUGGUCCUCUCCCCCUCUCUGUACGGCACGGCCGACCAGGCAGAUUUCUUUGGGAAUUUUAAUGAAACCACAGAAGCUUUAGUUGCUUCAAUGCUUGCUUUCCCUGGAACAGAUAACACGUGCAUGAAUCAAAGCAAUUUGCAGUGUUUAAAGGAGGACAUGCUGGGCCCAUGGAUUGUCAGUGGAAGCCAGAGGACUAAGUAUUCUGCCUGCAACUGCACAGAUGGCAUCCAGACAUGUCCACAGACCAACUACACUCCCCCUCACAGAAGGACCUUCUCCACACGGACGCUUUACAACCUGUCAGGGCACAAUGUGGAGACCUACAUUCUGGCAACUGCCAAAGACUUCCUGCAGAAAAGGUAUGGUGGCUGGAGCUUUGGGCUGCCUCUGACAACAGAUCUGCAGUUUGAUAUCAGGCCAGUGCCUCCCAACAGGACCCUGACUAAGGUGUGGUAUAAUCCUGAGGGUUAUCACAGCCUUCCAGCCUAUCUCAAUAGCUUGAACAACUUCAUUCUUCGAGCUAACUUGCCAAACAAUGAGACUUCCAGAUAUGGUAUUUUCUUAUCAGCUCACCCAUAUCCGGGAGGACAGAGUCAGGAGCAAGUAAUGCUCAACAGCUUACUCGACAUCAUUGUUUCCAUGUCUGUUUUGGUUGGCUACUCUAUCACAACAGCAAGCUUUGUGCUCUACGUGGUAAAAGAACACCAAACCAAGGCCAAACAACUGCAGCACAUUUCAGGCCUUGGGAUGAUGAGCUAUUGGGUGACUAACUUCAUUUAUGAUCUGGUACUUUUUAUGGUCCCUAUUGGACUCUCGAUAGGAGUUAUUUCAUCCUUCCAGAUACCAGCUUUCUGCAACAACAGUAACUUACUGGCAGUAUUUCUUCUGCUGUUACUGUUUGGAUAUGCAACGUUUUCAUGGAUGUACCUGCUGGCUGGGGUUUUCAAAGAAACAGGAAUGGCCUUCAUUGUUUAUGUCUGUGUCAACUUGUUCUUUGGCAUCAACACUAUCAUAACUCACUCAGUUGUAUUUCUGCUCUCCCAGGAAAAGGCCACAGAUCAGGGCUUGCAUGAUCUUGCUGAAAACUUAAGGCAUGCAUUCCUUCUGUUCCCACAAUUUUGCUUUGGCUAUGGUUUGAUUGAACUCUCACAGGAUCAGGCACUUCUGGGCUUCCUGAAAGCUUAUGGAGUGGACUACCCUGACAAAACCUUUAAGUUGGACAAGACCACAUCCAAGCUGUUUGCCAUGUUUGUCCAGGGCACUGUGUUUUUUGCCAUUCGUCUCACAGUUCAUGACAGGAUGAUUCAGAGAGCCUGGAACAAAAUACUUGAGUUCCUGUUUGACAGGGUACACGGCAAAGCAGCACUUCUGCCCCCCGUGGCUGAAGAGGAUGGGGACGUCCAGGCAGAGAGGAACCGGGUGGAGUCUGGCAAAGCUGACUUCGACGUGGUGCAGCUCCAGAACCUCACCAAGAUCUACCACCUGCCUCAGAAACGCAUCGUGGCUGUGAAAAACAUCNUACUUUUCUUUCCCACCCCCCAGUGCUUUGGCUUGCUUGGUGUGAAUGGAGCUGGGAAGACAACCAUCUUUAAGAUGCUGACGGGUGAUAUCGGAGCGUCCAGCGGAAGGCUGAGGGUCCAGGGUCCUUCUGGGUCCCUGAAUGACAUUAGUGAGGCACACUGGUCCCUCUUUGGCUACUGUCCUCAAGAGGAUGCCUUGGAUGACUUGCUGACAGUGGAAGAGCACAUGUAUUACUAUGCUAGGCUCCAUGGCAUCCCAGAGAGAAAUAUCAAAGGGGUUGUACUCCAGCUUCUCCACAGGCUGAACCUGAUGGCUUACAAAGACAGAGUAACCUCUAUGUGCAGUUAUGGCACCAACAGAAAAUUGUCCACUGCUCUGGCUCUCAUUGGGAAUCCAUCUAUUCUGCUGCUGGACGAACCGAGCUCUGGAAUGGAUCCCAAUGCUAAACGUCACCUUUGGAAAAUCAUCAGUGAGGAAGUGCAGAACAAAUGCUCAGUGAUCCUCACAUCCCACAGCAUGGAAGAAUGUGAAGCCCUGUGUACCAGGCUGGCUAUCAUGGUGAAUGGGAGCUUUCAGUGCAUUGGCUCUUUGCAGCACAUCAAGAGCAGGUUUGGAAGAGGGUUCACUGUAAAGAUGCACUUAAACAGCAGCACAGUUAGCACUGACAUGCUGACAGAGUUCAUGAAAUCACACUUUCCCAACACAUGCCUGAAGGACCGGCACUUCAACAUGGUGGAGUAUCAUGUUCCAGUCUCUGCAGGAGGGGUGGCCAACAUAUUUGAUCUCCUGGAAGCCAGCAAAGCAGCCUUCAAUAUCAGGCACUUCUCAGUGAGUCAAACAACAUUAGAGGAGGUUUUCAUCAACUUCGCCAAAGAUCAAGGAGAUCCUGACGGGGUGGAUGCAGGUCCUGAUGUGACACUGGACAGCUCUGACACAAGUAGCCAAGAUAGCACCCUAAGCUCCAUCUACUGA